GAGGUGGGGGAGAGGCGGGCAGGAGCCGAGGCCAGGGAGCCCUCUGCGUCAGCUGCUGCUCACCGCGCCGCGCCAGUACCAGCCGGGACUCACCCGCAGCUCCAUGCUUGUGCCCGGCUCCGCUCGUCCAUCCUCGGAGAAGAGGCAGAUGCACGCCAAACUGGAGUCGGAAUGAGGACUGGAAUGAGGGCCGGGGACGAGGGCGUCCUCUGAAGUGCAUCACCGGGACCCAAGCUGAGUCAGUAGCUUCUGCUGAGACAGGGUGGAGGCACCAUCCUGGGUACUCCCAGUCCUCAGGGAGAGCCAUCGAGAAACAGGAGACACAGACUGGGAGCAGACAAGAGCACCAAGGCCCAAGAGGUUAAGAAUCCUGCUCCGUCCUCCUGUGAGCCUGCCCAGCCCAGCUCUGUGGCCUUGGAAUCCUGAGCACUCUGACAGAUUAAAUCACUAAGGUUCAGACGGCUUACGUGACUUUCCCACUGUCUCAGAGCCAAUAGAAGGGAAAGAACUGGACUACAAGCCCAGGCGUAGAGGUCCAUUAGAAAAGAGUUUGGACUGAACACCUGAGGGCAGGUCCCACCUGCCUCUCACUACCUGUGCGCCCCCCGGAUCUCUAGGUCUACUCCACCUCGAAAGGGAGGAUUUGGACUAGCACCAAGGCUUCCUCCUCAUCUCUCCAUUGCACCCCCAUCCCUCUAUCCUCUUUCCACUUGUCUCGCCUUGGAUCCCCCUUCUGUUCCACCUCAGAAUGUCCCCCUUCAGAGAGCCCUCGCACCCUCUCCUCGCCUGGCACUGGCCCAUCAGGGCAGCACCUCGAGGGAGGGCCUGCCACUGCCCCUUUAAUUCUCCCCGGGCUUGGAAUGCAAGUGAGUUGAGCUCGCCAUCUCUGUGAGGUCAGAUAAGAUACUAUAUAUAUCGGAGUCGGUAACCUGAGCUCCGGAUUACCCAGCCCCAGUCAGACUCCAGCCUCUGGGCUCUCCACCGCGCUCCCUGCCUCUCUGGGGAAGAAGAAGCCCCCAGAUCCUGUCCAGGGCCCCCGGACACAGCCCAUGAGGCUCCCAGUCCCCACUGAGUGCCGCCCUGAAGGAUGUCCCAGCUCUCCUCCACCCUGAAGCGCUACACAGAAUCGGCCCGCUAUACAGAGGCCCCUUAUGCCAAAUCGGGCUAUGGCACCUACACUCCCUCUUCCUAUGGGGCCAACCUGGCUGCCUCCUUCCUGGAGAAGGAGAAGCUUGGUUUUAAGCCAGGCCCCCCAACCAGCUUCCUCACCCGUCCCCGUACCUAUGGUCCCUCCUCCAUCCUGGACUAUGACAGGGGCCGCCCCCUGUUGAGAACUGACAUCAUCGGGGGCGGUAAGCGGGCCGAGAGUCAGACUCGGGGCACUGAGCGGCUUUCAGGGAGUGGACUCAGCGGGGGCAGCGGAUUCCCUUAUGGAGUGACCAACAACUCCCUCAGCUACCUGCCUGUGACUGCCCGCGAGCAGGGCGGAACCCUAACCCAAAAGAAGUCGAACAGUCAAUCAGACCUGGCCCGGGAUUUCUCCAGCCUCCGGACCUCAGAUAGCUACCGGAUCGACCCUGGGAACCUGGGCCGCAGCCCCCUGCUGGCCCGCACGCGCAAGGAGCUGUGUGCCCUGCAGGGGCUCUACCAGGCAGCCAGCCACUCGGAGUACCUGGCCGACUACCUGGAGAACUAUGGCCGAAAGGGCAGUGCGCCUCAGGUGCCCAUGCAGGCCCCUCCCUCACGAGUCCCCGAAGUCCUCAGCCCCACCUACCGACCCAGUGGCCGUUACAGUCUGUGGGAGAAGAGCAAAGGCCAGGCCCCUGGGUCCAGCCACUCCAGCUCCCCAGGGCGAGAGACCAUGAAUUCUAAGAGCGCCCAGGGUCUGGCUGGUCUUCGAAACCUUGGGAACACGUGCUUCAUGAACUCCAUUCUGCAGUGCCUGAGCAACACCCGGGAGCUGAGGGAUUAUUGCCUCCAGAGGCUCUACAUGCGGGAUCUCGGCCACAGCAGCAAUGCACACACAGCCCUCGUGGAAGAGUUUGCAAAACUAAUCCAGACCAUAUGGACUUCAUCCCCCAAUGAUGUGGUGAGCCCAUCUGAGUUCAAGACCCAGAUCCAGAGAUAUGCGCCACGCUUCGUUGGCUAUAAUCAGCAAGAUGCUCAGGAGUUUCUUCGCUUUCUUCUGGAUGGGCUCCACAACGAGGUGAACCGAGUGACAGUGAGGCCCAAGUCCAACCCUGAGAACCUCGAUCAUCUUCCUGAUGAUGAGAAAGGACGACAGAUGUGGAGGAAAUAUCUAGAACGGGAAGACAGUCGGAUUGGGGACCUCUUCGUUGGACAGCUAAAGAGCUCCCUGACGUGUACAGACUGUGGUUACUGCUCUACAGUCUUUGACCCCUUCUGGGACCUCUCACUGCCCAUCGCUAAGCGAGGUUACCCUGAGGUAACUUUAACGGACUGCAUGAGGCUCUUCACCAAAGAGGAUGUGCUUGACGGUGAUGAAAAGCCAACAUGCUGCCGCUGCCGAGCCAGAAAACGGUGUAUAAAGAAGUUCUCCAUCCAGAGGUUCCCAAAGAUCUUGGUGCUCCAUCUGAAGCGGUUCUCAGAAUCCAGGAUACGAACCAGCAAGCUCACAACAUUUGUGAAUUUCCCACUAAGAGACCUGGACUUGAGAGAAUUUGCCUCAGAAAACACCAACCACGCUGUUUACAACCUGUACGCUGUGUCCAAUCACUCUGGAACCACCAUGGGCGGCCAUUAUACGGCCUACUGCCGGAGUCCAGUGACAGGCGAAUGGCACACUUUCAAUGACUCCAGCGUCACACCCAUGUCCUCCAGCCAAGUGCGCACCAGCGACGCCUAUCUGCUCUUCUACGAAUUGGCCAGUCCACCUUCCCGCAUGUAGCAGCGAGGAGCUACAUCCCUUUCUCCCUUCCCUGUGGUGGCCCCACACCCUAAGUUUUUUUUUUUUUUUUAAGACAAAAAAAGAAAAAAAGAAAACCUGACAAAUAAGAGAAAAAUAAAGUAAACUAAAGCUGCCGAGCAGGAGUUGCUACAGCCUGGUCAGGGUCUGGAGCUGGGAGCCGGGAGCUCCUGAGCCACACCUGGCACGAAGAUCGACAAGACACAGAGCUUGGAGCCAGCCCAGUGCGCCCUCGGCUUCUCUUGUUUGCAUUUUUAAGCUUGUGGUUUUUUUCCUGUGUGUAAUAAACAACGGCGGUCUGUGGGGAGAAGAUCCUGGUCCACUUGCUGCCCUUCCAGCCCCCAGUUCCUCCCGAGAAGACAGCGCCCUCUGGAGCCUGCUGGGAGGAUCGCCGCCUGGAAGCACUGGCGCCCGAACCUGGCACCUGUCUUCACCUGGACCCCGCUCACCGGUCCAGAAGCAAGAAAAACACCCAUGAGCCAAGAGCCCUCUUAACGCUGCUAACUCCAGGGGGACAGACAAGAGGAUGACUUUGAAAAAAGC